AUGGCUUUUCCAAGGUUCAUCGCCGUGCUCUCUUUCCUGUCAUUCGCUUUUCUCAGCACCGCUCUUCCUUCCAGAUCGAGGUCACUUUAUGAACGGGCCGAUACCGUCUACUUUGAAGUCACCCUCACAUGGGAAGAUUAUUCACCAAUUGGAGGGACGCCCAAAAAGAUGGUCCUUACAAAUGGCACCUUCCCAGGACCCCCAUUGAAGAUGAAGGUCGGCCAAUCGGUGGAAUUCCUGGUUCACAACGAACUACCCGACCCAACUACGAUUCAUUUCCAUGGCAUUGUUCAGCAAGGCACUCCAUGGUCAGAUGGUGUCCCAGGUCUUUCACAGCUUGCAAUCGCACCCGGCUCGUCCUUCCUGUACAAAUGGACCGCCGAUGCAUCAGGAGUGUACUUCUAUCACUCUCACUCUCGCUCGCAAAUGAUGGAUGGGCUGUAUGGCGCCAUCAUCGUUUCUGCCGCGUCUGAAGAUGACAAGCCGUUCUCUCUGAUCAACAGCGACCCCAGCAUUAUCAAAGCAAUGUCGGCGGCUGACGACGAACUGCAACCGAUCUUUAUCUCCGAUUAUAACAAAUACACCUCCCAGGAACUUCACGAGCAGGAAGUGAAUGCCAACAUUGACUUUGCUUGCUCCGACGCGAUCAUCAUCAACGGUAUGGGUUCACAGUACUGCUUGAGCCGGGAUGAGUUGACUGCGUACACCAAUCCCAAGGUUGCGGCUCUCCUGGCUUCAGUCAGCCCUUCUCAAAUCACCGACAAGGGUUGCCUACCUCCCAAUCUCCCACAAACCCAGGGCAACUUCACCUUCAAUAUCGAGACUCUUCCUGAUGAUGCUUAUUUCACAUGUAAUCCAUCAACUGGACCCAUGGCCACAAUUGACGUCGAUCCUGCCAAAGGCUUUGCAGCCUUGACCUUUAUUAAUCCGGGUGGUUACGAGCUGCUUAAGUUUACUAUCGACGGACACAAGAUGUGGGUGUACGCCGUGGAUGGCGGUUACGUGACUCCAACUCUCGUGGACCAAGUCGUGGUCAAUAAUGGAGACCGACACUCUGUUUUGAUCGAGCUCAACCAAAACCCUGCGCAGUACGCCAUCCGAGUGGCCAACAACGGUCUCAACCAAGUCAUCAGUGGCUUCGCUGUUCUGAACUACAAAGGCUCAUAUGGACCCGCGUCCGAAGACCCCAAUGCUCUUGCCGGCAUGAACUUUGCCGGUGUCAACUUGACCAACCUAGUGACCUUCAACGACAACCUGGCGUCCCCUUAUCCCCCUUCGCCACCUGCUUCGGACGCGGACGCGACGUACCAGAUGAACAUCAAGAAGCUUGGGCAACCGGCCGGCGCCUAUCAGUGGACUCUCAGUGGUGUCAACGCCUUUGCUCCAGAGCUGGAAGACCAGACUCCCCUUCUCUUUGAAGAUCCAUCCAAUGUUGAGACCAGCGAUCUCAUCCUUAAGACAGCCAGCGGUCAAUGGGUCGACUUGGUUAUCAAGACUCAGGGUCCACUUGCCCAGCCUCAUCCCAUGCAUAAACACUCUAACAAAGCCUACGUUCUCGGCAAAGGAAUCGGCAAUUGGACCUGGGAUACUGUGUCUGAAGCUGCCGCCGCCCUGCCAGCUGGCACAUUCAACUUUGUCAACCCACCUCUUCGAGAUGGGUACACUACCACUCCCAACGAAGUCAACAGCACCUGGAUGGUGCUGCGUUAUCAAGUCACAAACCCCGGCGCAUUUCUUUUCCAUUGUCACGUCCAAACCCACGUAGCUGGCGGCAUGGCAGUGGCCAUGCUGGAUGGUGUCGACGAUUGGCCAACUGUGCCCACGGAAUAUGCUCAUGGCAACGGCAUUGUGUACACCAAGCUCAAGAAGAAGGGCAAAUUGCACCCCAAAUCAUCAUCAUAA